UAUUAUCUAUAUUACCAAAGUUCAAUUGUAUCAGUUUCUUAAUUAAAUUCGAAUAUAAAAGAGAAUAUUGCGCACUAUGUUUAAAUGUGCCUCGCCAGCCAACUUUUGCCAUUCACAAUGCACGUACACACGCACAGCUGAUUGGCAUUGCAAAAGGUAAACAAAACGUGCUUCGUUUGCCGACAUGCCGCCAAAAUCGAGCAACAAAAAGAACCAAGCCACUUGGUAUCAUUGCGACAAAUGCGGCGUGCACAUAACAUCCAAAUCCCGAGACACACACGAGCGAAUAUGUCCCAUUGAUGAAGACAAAAGCGGCCCAGCGGUGGAUGCAGAGUUUGUGCGCAGUGGAGCGCUCUACACGAGCAGCGCGCAGCAGCGCAGCUUUGAGGUGGAAUCACUGAAGGAUCUGCCGCCCAAAUAUGCCAACAUGCUGAUAUUUGUAUCCGAAGGCGCCAUGCAGCUAGCGGAAUGGCACAUAGGACAGCAGCUGGUCAUAAGCCCGGCGACUCAAGAGUCCGGGACGCUCGUGCGCCUGGCUUGGCCCGUGUCGGAGCAGUUUCUCACAACAGUGUUUGCCUCGACGGAGGAUUACAAACAGAAUUGGACGCCGCUGCGAGGCAAAUCGCUGCGCAUUUCGGCGCUGGACAGCAGCCAGCUCUACGUUGCUGCGAGCGUCUCCUUGAGGCAGCUGAACGGCAGUGAGUCCAGUCUGGAGCAGCAGCAGCUGCCGGAUGUGGCUGCUGUGCUCAAGCAGGACCUAAUCAAUAACAUCUACUGCAGGCACAGCGAGCUGCACUUGAAUUUCUUUAACAAGCCCUUGACCUUUCGCUUGGAGAGCUGGCGGGGCGUCGAGGAGUGUGGCGUGGAGGAUGCGCUGGCACGGCUGAGCUUGGCAAAGUCCCAGCAAUUUGUGCAGAUAACAAGCGCCACGCGCCUGGAGCUGCUGCUCAGCGAGGAGCAAGCCAAACCGGAGCCAGAGCAAAAGCUGACUAAAGCCAAAAUAGGCGGAUUGGACAAGGAAAUCCAAUUGGUGGAGGAGAGCAUGGACUAUGCGCUGGGCUACAGGCCGCUGCCCAAGGGCAUCAAGGUCUCACGUGGAUUGCUGCUGUACGGCGCCAGCGGCUGCGGCAAAUCCCUGGUCUGCGAGGCCAUGUGCGCCGCCGCGCAGGCACGCGACAGCAAGGUGCAGCUCAUUCGCAUCAACAGCGGCGAGAUCUACAGCAAGUUUCUGGGCGAAACGGAACAAAAGCUGGCGGCUCAUUUCGAGCGCGCCUAUGCGCAUUAUCCGCAUCCGACGCUGCUGCUGCUGGAGGAUGUGCACACGCUGUGUCCCAAGCAGGACGCCGGCAGCGAUCUGGUCAAGCGUGUGUCGCUGGCAAUGCUCUCGCUGCUCGAUCAGCUCAGCAGCGGCAGCCGGCCCGAGUCGAGUCGCACAUUUUUGCUGGCCACCAGCUCGCAAAUCGAUGCACUGCAUCCGAGCAUACGGCGUGCCGGGCGUCUGGACUGCGAACUGGAGCUAGGCGCACCCGCGCCAGCCGCACGCCAACAGAUUCUGCACUGUCUGCUGCAGCCGCUGCAGCAUAACAUCCAGGAGUCGGAGCUGGAGCAGAUUGCCAGCAUAACGCACGGCUAUGUGGGCGCCGAUCUGGCCAAUUUGGUGUAUACCGCCACGCUGGCCACACUCAAGGCUGAGGCGCGCGCGCUGGAGCUGCGCGACUUGCAGUCGGCGCUCACACAGGUCAAGCCCUCGGCCAUGCGCGAGGUGCUCAUCGAGAGUCCCAAUGUCCGCUGGUCGGACAUUGGCGGCCAGGCGGAGCUGCGGCUGGCACUGCAGCAGGCCAUCGAGUGGCCGCUGCUGCAUGCGGAUAAAUUCCAGCGCCUGGGCAUCAAGCCGCCGCGCGGCGUGCUCAUGUUCGGCCCGCCCGGCUGCUCCAAGACAAUGAUUGCCAAGGCGCUGGCCACCGAAAGCCAACUGAACUUUCUGUCCAUCAAGGGUCCCGAGCUGUUCUCCAUGUGGGUGGGCGAAUCGGAGCGUGCCGUGCGCGAGGUGUUCCGCAAGGCGCGUCAAGUGGCGCCCGCGAUUGUCUUCUUCGACGAAAUCGAUGCCAUUGGCGGCGAACGCGCCGAGGGCUCGACCAGCGGCUCGUCCGUCAAGGAGCGUGUGCUCACCCAGCUGCUGACCGAACUGGACGGCGUAGAGGCCUUGCAUAAUGUGACCAUUGUGGCGGCCACCAAUCGCCCGGACAUGAUUGACAAGGCGCUGUUGCGUCCCGGCCGCAUCGAUCGCGUCUGCUAUGUGGGCCUGCCCGAGCCGGAGGCACGCCGCGAAAUCCUUCACAUCAAGCUGCGCGCCAUGCCCCUGGCCGAGAAUGUUGUGGACAUUGUGGACAGGCUGGUCACGCUCACGGCGGGCUAUUCGGGCGCCGAAAUACAGGCUGUCUGCCAUGAGGCAGCGCUCAGCGCUCUGGAGCAGAGCUUCGAGGCGGAGGCCGUGCACUGGCGGCACUUUGAGGCCGCACUCCAAAUGGUUCAGCCACGCACAAGUCCCGAGCUGUUGCGUCUCUAUCAGGAGUACAUUAAAAAGUAGAAAAGUAGGGAUGUUCCCGAAAACUCUUUCAACGCACUUUCGCCUUGAUUUAUUUGAAAGCGUGUUCCACAACGAAUUCAACAAUUUAAACUCAUUUCGACUUUUUAUGCAUUCUAUUUUUUUUUUUUUUUUUUUGGUUUUUACGUUUUUCGGAGUUGUAAAAAAGUGUAAUUUCCAGUGCCCUAAAUCGUCAGAAAAAAUAUCAUAAAUCUCCAAUCUAAAUGAUAUAGAUAAGGGAACAAGAGAUGAUAAUAUUAAUAAAAAUGCUUAUCAGUGAGAGAAAUCAUAAGUCUACAAGAAUUGAAGAACGUUCAGUCGAACCGACUUGGCAAUACCCUAACAGUGUUGUAAAGUGGCGUACGAAACAAAAUUGUAAUUUGUUAAGAAUCAGGAGUUAAAAUAUGUGAAGUGCAUGUAAAACUGUAAUUUUAGAAAUGUGCAUUUAAAACUGUAAGAUAUAUAAAUUCCCUCUAAAUUGCUUGGGCUUUAAUCGAAUGGAAUUGUCAAAUUGAUUGAACCCUGCUCCAAGAUUUUCUUUACAUUAUUAAAGAGAGAGCCAGAAACCAA